AAACCUUUGAGAUGCUUAUCAGACUGGCUGAGAAUUACACAAGCACACUUUUCUGCAAUGCAUAUAGAAACAUGGCUGCUGAGGCUACUAUACGCGUUCAGGAGUUUUUCACAGAUGUUGGACUCUUCAUCUUUGGCACAGAUGUUAGCACAGAGGAAUUUGUCAACAGAUUUUUUGACACUCUGUUCCCAGUAGUCUACAACCACGUGAUUAACCCUGGUCUGACUGACAUUUCACUGGAAUAUGCGGAGUGCCUCCGAACGGUGAGAAGAGACAUCAGGCCCUUUGGUAACAUUCCCAAAAAGGCCAUAGGACAAAUGGGAAGAUCACUGUUACCCAGCCGGACUUUCUUGCAAGCUCUGAAUUUGGGGACUGAAGUGAUCAAUACAACAGAUCAUCUGCAUUUCUCUAAAGACUGUGGCAGAGCUUUACUGAGAAUGCAGUACUGCCCUCACUGCCAAGGGCUGAUUUUAAGUAAGCCCUGUAUGGGCUACUGCCUCAAUGUCAUCCGCGGCUGCUUAGCUAACAUGGCAGAAGUUGAUAUUCAUUGGCGGGGAUAUAUUCAGUCCCUGGAGGAGCUUUCAAGUGCCAUGAGGGGAACGUACGACAUCGAGCAUGUGCUUCUAAACUUUCAUUCCCUUGUUAAUGAUGCUGUCGUACAGGCUCGUAUCAAUGGGCCAGAAUUAUCUGAGCAGGUGAACAAGGUAUGUGGUCCUCCUGUAAGGAAGCCUACUCAGUCUCCAGGUUGCUCCUUUGAUCAGAACAAAUAUAAUCAAAGGUUGAAGAUAUUCUCAAGAGACAGUGAAGAAACCCUCGCCAACAGAAGAAAAGAAUUUAUCAGCCACCUCCGGCUCUACAGAGCCUUUUAUGGCGGCCUGGCUGAUCAUUUGUGCGGUAAUGAGUUGGCAGCUGCUGAUGGACUCCCAUGUUGGAAUGGAGAAGAUGUUGUAAAAAG